AUGGGGAGAUUUGGAAGAAAAGUACUUAAUUAUAUAGUACUUCACAGAAAGUGUAGAAAGUGUGAUUUAGGUUACAGUAAAGAUAGUCAUGACUGUCGUUUGAAUUUUGUUGGCACUGCCAAGGCAAUGGAGUCUUUUGCAGCAGUAAAAUUGACCAAAGAAAAUAGUCUUUUAGCUAGUUGUAAUGUCGAAAUAGGAAUAAUCAUAUCAGAUAAUGAUAGUAGCUCGAUGGCAGCUAUGCGGAAUUCUUUGGAUUACGAAAUAGUGAAACAGGCAGACAAAAAUCACACUAGUAAAGAUGUAGUGAGUGGACUGUACAAAUUGCAAAAAAAUCAUAAAUUUAAAGAGCUCAAUACCGAUAGCAUUCAAUACCUCAAAAAAUGUUUUAAUUAUAGUAUAGCUCAAAAUAUUGGUCAUAGCGAGCGUAUGGCAGAUGCUAUCAACAAUAUUCCUUACCAUGCUUUCAGCAUGCACAGAAAUUGUGGCUCAUGGUGUCAGUAUAGCGCAAAUCCAACUACGUAUAGACAUAAAAUAAUCGGCCAAGGUUUCACUGAUCCACACUUAUUUGAUAAGCUUGUAGAGCUUUUCAGCAAUUUUGCAGAUAGAAGUCAACAGUACUCUGCUGGCGCUACCAGUAAUCCGAACGAAAGUAUGAACGCGUCAAUUGUCAGUAGAGCUCCCAAAAAUCGAGUUUAUGGUACAUCUACGUCUGCUGACGCAAGAGUAGCUUGCAUAGUACUGCAGAAAAAUGAAGGGGAAAAAUACAUAUGUGAUUUGAAUAAUAGAUUGAAUUGCUCUCCUGGUAAAUAUACCGAUAAAUAUGGAAACAAAUGUGAUAUAAUUAGUAAGACAAGACUGACCAAAUCUCAAACUGACCUCCGAAAAAAACAUGAACUUUGUGAGGGUCCUAGCUACGGCACCGACUGCGAACUUCUGCAGAAUCUCGACGCUUUUGUUCCUAUCGCUAGCUUGCCAUAUGAUACUGAUUCGAUAAUAGUAUACUUUGAUCUUGAAACAAACGGUUUCAGUAAAACUGCAGAUAUACUGCAAAUUGCUGCAAGAUACGGUGAUAUAGAAUUUGCAACAUACAUCCAGCCUACUCAAGUUUUAAAGGAAGAAGCAAGUGCUGUCCAUGGGUUACGAUUGCUGAACGGACGUUUACAAUUCAACGGCAAAAACGUAGAAACAGUUUCCCUAACUGAAGCAAUGAUUGGUUUUUACGAGUUUUUACAUCGCUUUAACAAAAAAUGUAUAUUGACAGCUCAUAACUGUACUUUUGACUAUACAAGACUAAUUAUGGCAAUAAUGAAAUGUUUCAUGAUGGAUAGGUUUCAAUCCGUAGUUGAAGGUUUUUGCGAUACUCUACCGUUAAUCAGCAAAUGUAACAAAGAAAAGGGCAAGGGUGCAAAUAAACUCACAAAUCUCGCAAAUAUUUGCAAACUAAAUAUUGAAAAUGCACAUAAUGCCGUCGCCGAUGUGCAAAUGCUACAGGAAAUUCUAUUGCAUUUUAAAGUGUCUGAAAAUGUUAUGAGAAAAACAAUCAUUACUUGGGGAAUGAUAAAAAAAAAGAAGCACAGAAAAAACAAGAUAAAGCUAAUAAAGUGA